GUCCCGGUAUAAAGGGAAAGUCUGGUCAGCCUAUGGUUAUUGCACUAUUACCCCUGUGUGUAGCAGUACGGGGGCAGCACAGAGCAGCGAUGGCGUCUGCUGAUCUGAGACAGGAGCUGGACUGUUCCAUCUGCCUGAACAUUUAUACAGAUCCUGUAACCCUGAGAUGUGGCCACAACUUCUGCCGGGUCUGUAUUGAUCGUGUGCUGGAUACACAGGAGGGGGCUGGAGCUUAUACCUGUCCUGACUGCAGAGCAGAGUGUCAGGAGCGUCCUGCACUGCAGAGGAACAUAACGCUGUGUAACAUAGUGGGGAGUUUCCUGUCUACUCGCCCAGAUCAGGAGGAGACUGGGAUCUUCUGCACUUACUGUGUGGACUCUCCUGUACCUGCUGCUAAAUCCUGUCUGCUGUGUGAGGCUUCUCUGUGUGAUAAACACCUGAGAGUACACAGCAAGUCACCAGAACACGUCUUAUGUGAUCCCACCACUGCCCUGGGGAACAAGAAAUGCUCCGUCCAUAAGGAGAUCUACAAGUAUUACUGCCCAGAGGACGCUGCCUGUAUCUGUGUAUCCUGCUGUAUGAUCGGGGAACACAGAGGACAUCAGAUGGAAUCACUGGAUGAGGCCUCUGUGAAGAGGAAGGAGAAGCUGAGGAAUGUUCUGCAGAAACUGACCACAAAGAGAGCGGAGACUGAUAAAAGAGUGCAGAGACUGCAGGAGCGCAGGAGAGAAGAUCAGGGAAAAGCAGCGGGUGUAAUAGAGACAGUCACUGCCCUGUUUAGAGACAUCAGGAGACAGCUGGAAGACCUGGAGAAGAGAGUCCUGAGUGAGAUCUCCAGGCAGGAACAGCGCAUUUCACUCUCAGUCUCUGAUCUGAUCCAGCAGCUGGAAAUAAAGAAGGACGAGCUGUCCGGGAAGAUGCGUCACAUUGAGGAGCUGUGUAACAUGUCUGAUCUAGUGACUGUCUUACAGGAACCAGACACAGGGGACUUGUGUGAUACUGAGGAAACAGAGAGACAUGAUACCCAGGUCCAUGGUGCAGGAGAUCUGGAUGUGGGUCUCAUCUCAGGGACAUUACACACAUUAUCUGAUAUAAUAACAGGUAUAAAUACAGGGAUCUAUGUGCAGGAGGAUACAGCCCUAUUACUGGAUGUAACCACAGCUGGUGAUAAUAUACAGAUAUCAGGUGACAGGAAAACUGCAACCAGGUCACAUAUAAAACAGAAUCACCCAGUACCACCAGAGAGAUUUCAGUGUGAUCAGGUAAUAAGCAGCAGCAGAUUCUCCUCAGGGCGACAUUACUGGGAGGUGGAUGUCAGUAAGUCAGUGAGGUGGAGGGUGGGGAUGUGUUAUCCCAGUUUAGACAGGAGAGGACAGCAGUCAGCCAUUGGAUAUAAUAACAAGUCCUGGUGUGUGUAUAGGUAUAAUAAUCAGUACUUAGUUAUACAUGACAUUAAAUGGAUCCGGUUACCUGACAAUAUCCCCUGUGACAGAGUGAGGGUAUAUCUGGAUUAUGAGGCAGGACAGCUGUCCUUUUAUUCACUGUGUGACCCCAUCAGACACUUACGCACCUACACUGCCGCCCUCACUGAGCCCCUCCAUGCUGCAUUAUGGGUAGGGGACGGGUGUAUAACUAUAUGUGGGGGAGUCAGGAGCUGGGAGAAAUUACCAUAAAGAAUCUGCCCAGAUACUGGUGACAUCACAGGGAGGGGUGUAUGAUUGGGGGAACAUUCAGUCAAUAGAAUGAUGUAUUGGGUGGAACUACAGCUGAGCUUCUCCCCCUGUGUAACCAUGUGACCAGUGUGUGGGUGUGUUCCCAUGUUGGUGUAUUAUGCUGGGUACACACUGACAGACAUAUCGCCCACCCAGCUGUGAUGUCAUCACCGACAUAUCUAACGGCCAAUUGGUCAGUCAGUAUACUGUAGCUUACCUUAUUGGCUGCUCUGUCGGUGUGAUGGUGUGUCGGCAGACAUGUCGCUGAGGUGUGUACCCAGCCUUAGAGACUGUCAUUAUAAAUAUAUACAUAUACAUCUCUGUGGGAUUUCUCCACCAAAGUUAUGGGCCUGAUCCAUGUUUGUGUAUGUAGCCCUAGGAAAGGGUUAAUCCUAAAAUAAAUAUAUGUGCAAUUUCUGAGGUGAAGCCUAAUUGUAUUAUAAAUACAUAUUACAUGCCCCAUUUAUAUAUAUAUAUGCAUAUGUAAAGGCUUAGGGGGUCAUUCUGAGUUUUUUGCUCGCUAGCGGUUUUUGCAUUGCUGCGAUCAGGGGCGAAAUGCGCAUGCACCGCAAUGCGCAGGCAUGUCGCACGGGUACAAAGCAGAUCGGUGCGCAACGAUGGUUUGUACGAAGAACCAUUUCGCACGGGCGAUGGCAAGGAGACAGGAAGAGGCCGUUUAUGGGUGGCAACUGACCGUUUUCUGGGAGUGGUUGGAAAAAUGCAGACGUGUCUAGGCGUUUGCAGGGCGGGUGUCUGACGUCAAUUCCGGUCCCGGACAGGCUGAAAUGAUCGCAGCGGCUGAGUAAGUCCUGGGUUACUCAGAAACUGCACGCUUUUUUUUUUAUCCGCUCGGCUACACAUACAUUUGCACACUUGCACAGCUAAAAUACACUCCCCUGUGGGCGGCAACUAUGCGCCCGCAGGACUGCAAAAAAAGCCUAGCGAGCGAUCAACUCUGAAUGACCCCCUUAGUUCUGUGCACAGACUAGUAUAUGAGUAGUAAUGAUAAUUUGAGGUAAUUGUAUAGGAUCUAUAAUUACUUGUCCAUAGUGAGAAUUGGUAGUAACUGUGUCAUAGUUAUCGUAAAGUAAUAUUACCUAUGUGACUGUGCAGACCCCGGGGGGCAAUUAGAGGCUGGCUAUCACUGAUGCUCUAGACUAGAGGGGCAAUUAGAGGCUGGCUAUCACUGAUGCCCUAGACUAGAGGGGCAAUUAGAGGCUGGCUAUCACUGAUGCCCUAGACUAGAGGGGCAAUUAGAGGCUGGUUAUCACUGAUGCCCUAGACUAGAGGGGCAAUUAGAGGCUGGCUAUCACUGAUGCCCUAGACUAGAGGGGCAAUUAGAGGCUGGCUAUCACUGAUGCCCUAGACUAGAGGGGCAAUGUUUAUUAUGAAGUAGUUCUAGUAUUUUCUUUAUAAUGCGUACUGUGACCUUUACAUAUUUUACUACCAAACUAAUGUAUUAUUACAUGAAUGUUAUUGUUACAAUGUAACCACUGAUGUUAGUGUGGAAUAUCCUUAUGGAAGAUAAAUAAAGUCACUUGUUGCUGA